AUGAUCCACAAUUUCAUAUUCUACCGCUGGCACCAACAGCUACCAGUGCGCAGUAUUACCGACAGCAGCCUGGCGGAUAUCGCUAUCAACAAACGCGUUCGUCAAUCUUCCACUAUCUGCAGUAUGAAAGCACAGAACGCGUUGGACCCCGACACGAACCGUUCUGCUCAUACAAAGGAGGAAUUCCAGCCGUGGUGGGAGAUCGACCUCGCCAAUUACGUCGAAGUUCAUUCUGUCAAUGUUUAUGUUCGAGACGAGGUGAGUCAUUUAGCCAGAGGAAACCCUAGUCGACGAACUACUAGGUCUUAUCCUCUGCACAUUUGUAUCUCGAUGAAAAGUGGAGUAGGUCGCAACUGUGACGAUAUCGUCGCAGUCUCGAGGCAGAUUUGUUCGCGUCCAGUGUCAAGGUCGCGCCAUUUUGCACAUUGA